GCGGCGGUGGCGGCGGCGGAGGCGGCGGUGCCUGGAAACCUGGCAGGUGUCCGGCACAUCCUCCUCGUCCUCUCGGGAAAGGGGGGUGUCGGGAAAAGCACCAUCUCCACGGAGCUGGCCCUGGCCCUGCGCCACGCGGGCAAGAAGGUGGGCAUCCUCGACGUGGACCUGUGUGGCCCCAGCAUCCCCCGCAUGCUUCGGGCGCAGGGCAGGGCCGUGCACCAGUGUGACAGCGGCUGGGUCCCCGUCUUUGUGGACCAGGAGCAGAGCAUCUCUCUCAUGUCCGUGGGCUUCCUGCUGGAGAGCCCGGAUGAGGCUGUGGUGUGGAGGGGCCCCAAGAAGAACGCGCUGAUAAAGCAGUUCGUGUCUGACGUGGCCUGGGGACAGCUGGAUUACCUGGUUGUGGACACGCCCCCGGGGACCUCUGAUGAGCACAUGGCCGCUGUGGAGGCGCUGCGCCCCUAUGGCCCGCUGGGGGCCCUCGUGGUCACCACGCCACAGGCGGUGUCUGUGGGGGACGUGAGGCGGGAGCUGACCUUCUGUAGGAAGACAGGGCUGCAGGUGGUCGGGGUCGUGGAGAACAUGAGUGGUUUCGUCUGUCCCCACUGCACAGAGUGCACAAACGUCUUCUCCCAGGGAGGCGGGGCGGAGCUGGCCAGACUCGCCGGAGUCCCCUUCCUGGCCUGUCCCCUGCCCUCCCCCUUCGCAGGCUCUGUGCCUCUGGACCCUGAGCUCACCAGGAGCCUGGAGGAAGGUCGAGACUUCAUCAGGGACUUCCCUCAGAGUCCCGCCUUCCCCGCGCUCUCCUCCAUAGCCCAGAAGGUUCUGAGCGAGGCGCCUGCUCGGCUCUCCUGACCAAGGCAGCCCCCUCUCGCGUCUCUGGCCGCGCACGCUCAGACCCAAGCAGAAGCCGUGGCCGUGCGGGCCUCUUUCUGCGCCCCCUCCCCGCAUCUCGGGUUUCCAGGGCCUCUGGGCGGUAGAGCGGCCGACAGUGGGUGGUUCUGUCCGGCAGGCGGGUGGCAGGGCCCGGGAGAAGGUGUGGGGUCCUGGUGGCUGAACUCUCAGGUGAUGGCACGUGCACCCCCAGACCCAUGGCUGG